GAGUGGUGUCGCGGAUGCUUGGUGUGCUUUGGUUGCCUAGAAGAGAACAGUGCUCAAGCAUCCCGCGUCAGGGAGCAUUGCGGUCGUUAUUCUUGACUACAUUGGCAUGAAGGGAUAAGUUUGCCUUGUACACCACGGACGCACUUGUUUUUACACGGGCACGCGGUUUCCUGAGUCCACGGUGCUGCACAUACGAUCAGUAUGUCAGAAGCAAGUGCAAUGGACAAAAAAUCACACGUGGCCCUCCGUCUCCGCCUUGCGUCCAGGCAUGAUGCCUUUUUGACUGAGCCACACAUCCAGGUUACAAAGAACGGUGAGAACAUACUAUGUCAGGCAGGGGACAAAGUGAAUGUCAUGAGCUGUGCAACAGGACAAGUUCUUCAUGCUCUAGAAGCCAAAGAUGACCCAAUAUACACCAUGGAACUCAGUCCCAGUGAAGAUGUUUUGGUCACGAGCCACACCUCUGGGCUGCUGCGUCUCUGGGAUUGGAAGAAGAAUGAGGUCCAGCGUGUAUGGAAGUCACUGCAUUCUGGACCCAUCCCUGUUUUGUGCUUUGAUGAGACCACCACCCUAGUUGCUAGUGGAGGAGUGGAUGGAACCAUCAAGGUGUGGGAUACAGUCCGCCAGUACUGCACCCAUAACUUGAAAGGAUCUGUGGGUGUGAUCAGUGCAAUUGAGUUCCAUCAAAGCAAUAAUGAGAUAUUCAUAUAUGCUUCUGGGGAUGAUUCUGUGGUACGCUGCUGGAACCUGUCAUCAUCCGACAUUGUGCAAGAGCUGCGUGGUCAUUUCAGCAAGGUAACCAGCAUCAGUAUCAACAAGUCCCAGCAUCAGCUGUUGACCUGCAGCCGUGACAAGGUGUUGAUGCUUUGGGACCUACGGGAUGGAACACUGGUUCGAACAGUGCCAACCUAUGAGGUGAUGGAGAGUGCUGUCCUUGUCCCACCAGGUGUGUCUGUGGCGGGCAUCAAGGGUGGCAGCGCUGCUCUUGCCAUCACUGGUGGAGAACGUGGGGUUCUGAGAAUCUGGAACUUGGCUACGUCUGAAUGUGUUUACAUGCAGGAGGAAGCCUCCGGCUCACACUCAUCAGUCAUCUGUCAGUUGCGCCAGAGUGAGAUGAGCAAGACCUUGACAGUACUGAAUCAUGAGCAUAAUAUCCUCAUGUAUGACCUGGUAUCAAUGGAGUUGAAGCGACAGUAUGUUGGAUUUAGUGAUGAGAUCUUGGAUGUAGUAUUUUGUGGUGAUGGAGAAACACACAUAGCUGUUGCCACAAACAGUUCAAUCAUCAAGAUAUAUGACGUGUCUACGUUUGACUGCCAGCUUGUCAAAGGUCACGCAGACACUGUCCUUUCUCUCUCUGUGUCUGCCAGCAACAAGAACCUGUUUGCGUCGAGCUCCAAAGACAACACGAUACGUCUGUGGUACCUGGACACCUUCCAGAAAGCAUUGUGCCUGGCCGUCGGGCCGGGACACACGGCGUCUGUGACGUCAGUCUGCUGGAGUCAGCUGACCACCGGCUUCGUCGUGUCGGGCGCGGAAGACAAGUGCGUCAAGAUGUGGGAUGUUCCGGCGUCGGUUCUCGGCUGGCUGAAGAAGCCGGCGCCGGCGCCGAAGCCGGCGACUCUGCACUGCCGGCGCACUGAGAUCGCGCACGACAAGGACGUCAACUCUGUGGCGGUGUCGCCCAACGACCGGCUGGUGGCCACGGCCAGCCAGGACAAGACAGCGCGCCUGUACAGCGCCGACGGGCUGGCGCUGGCCGGCGUGCUUCGCGGCCACCGUCGCGGUGUCUGGUCGGUGGCCUUUUCGCCCGUGGACCAGAUCGUGGCGACGGCCUCGGCCGACGGCACUGUCCGGCUCUGGUCCAUCGCCGACUUCAGCUGCGUCAAGACGUUCGAGGGCCACGACUCGUCAGUGCUGCGCGUGGCGUUCCUGUGCCGCGGUAUGCAGCUGCUCACCUGCUCGGCCGAUGGUCUGCUCAAACUGUGGAGCGUCAAGGCCAACGAGUGCGUGCAGACGUGCAGCGAGCACGAGGCUAAGGUGUGGGCGCUGGCGGUGCGUGGUGAUGAGCGCUGCCUCGUCUCAGGCGGCGCCGACUCCUCGCUCCUUGUCUGGCGCGACGUCUCCGAGGAGGAGGCCAAGGUGGACGCCGAGGCGGCCGCGCUGCGCGCCACUCAGGAGCAGGCGCUCAGCAACCUCGUGCAGCAGCGUCAGUGGCUGCGCGCCCUCAAGCUGGCCAUCAAGCUGAAGCGGCCGUUCCGCUGUCUGCAGAUCCUGAAGGAGCUGCGGCGCGAGAGUGGUUCAGCCGACCAUCUGACCGGCAUCCUGAAGCAGCUGCGGGACGACCAGUUGGACGAUCUGCUUCACUUCGUGGUGGAGUGGAACACCAACAGCAAGCACUGCCACGAGGCGCAGCUGGUAGUGAACUUGCUGCUGCGUCUGUUGCCCCCCGAGGCAUGGCGCCGGCUCCCCAGCUUCCGCUCCCUGCUGGAGGGCCUGCUGCCCUACACCGAGCGCCACCUGGAGCGCAUCAGUCGGCUUCAACAGAGCAUCACCUUCCUCGACUACACAGCCGCCUGCAUGAAGGUGACGUCGCGCUCGAGCGGCAGCGCUCCGCCGACCGACUACCCCGACGAGGACCUGUUCAUGGAUGCCGUCAAGAGUUCGACGGUGGCGACCAAGGACGAAGGUGAGACUUCAGUGAAAGCAGAAGCUGACACGAUGGAGGAGGGUGUCUUGGAAGUCGAAAAGAAAUCGGAGUCAUCGGAAGACAGCGGAUUGGAGACUGAGGAACCUGUCAAGGUGCGGCGUUCUGCUAAAUCCAAGAAACGACCCCUGAAGAAGGGUAAUAAAAAAGUCAGCAAGAAAAGGAAAGCGUGACAGUGAUGACUGGUGGGAAUUGGGGUGGAGUAGGUUUAGGGUACAGUACGGAAAGCGUGGACAAAAAAACUCGGCGUAUUUCUGUUGUCGCUGUUGGGGAAAGUGGCAUUCCUCCACCAUUCUGCGUGGAACCCGGAGUUUGUAUUGGCCUUCAAGUGCACUUCUCUGGCAUCCUAUGCGUGUAUUCGAUGGCGAACGGAAGUAAAAUAUAACCCGUGCUUUGCAGA